GUAAUAUUUAUAACAUAUUUACAUAUUCAAUUGCUUCGUUUCUGUUUUAAAAAGUCCUUGAAGUCAGUUGUGAACUACGUUAGUUAUGUUUAUCGCACCAGGAGCUAUGGAACCGGUUGAAUUUUAUGAUCUAAUUACACUUAGGAACCAUUAACAAUAUUAUCUUAUUAAUUUUGUUUGGGAAACGUAUCUCGCCUGAUAGACAUACUGUGAGUCACCAGCAAAACUAGUUUAAAGGUGGCCUCUCGAUUAUCGUAAACACAGGAUAUCAACUUUUUUAAUUAAAAAUCCCACGUUUCAUAAUUAAAGUUACGCAUUACGUGCGUAACAUCAAAAUAAAUACUAAAGCCAGUGUGUAACAGUGCAGUUAAUGUGUAAAUUAUUACCUAUUGUUUCAUUACUACGGUUCAUUUGAUACGAUUGCGUUGAAGCACUUGGUAGCGUUGACACGGCCGCGUUUGCAUCCAGUUUCAAAAUUUAAUUACUAAAUACAUUGUUCCUCUCCCUGCCUCCCUCAUUUACUCAGCGCAUCAAUUUAUACACAUAAAUCAAUUAUAAAUUAUAUUAUUUGCCGUUUCAAGGUAAUAUAGUUCGUGAUAAUGUAUUUUUAAACGUCGCCACGGUCUCCUACAAACCAAUAACCGUGGAACAUUUGACAGGAAAUCGGGUUAUCUGAAUGACAAGUAUAGCGCUUUACGCAUCCUCCCAAUGUUUGUGACUUAAUUUAAUUAUGAUCAUGACUCGUUGUUUACUAGACACAAGCUUAUUUAUUGAAUAUUCUCAAUUAAGUGUGUCAAAUAACCGUAUUUUCAAAAGAUAUUAACUUUGAGAAGUUUUUGAAUGUAUAUUACAAUAUUGAUGUCUUUAAAUUAUUCGUAGUAGAGUCAAGUAGGGGUUUUUGUUUAGUUCAUUGUACUUAUAGCUGUAGGUUCAAACAGCGAGCUUAACCUGAUGAUUCAUCCGACCCCGUCCAAAUUACAUCAGCCAGUAUAAUCACACAGACACUUUUGAAUUUGAAUCAUCUCAGCCAACUUAACGCCCAACAGCCGAAACGUUGCGAUCUAUGCAAUUAAUUUGCUUCCAAUGAUGCGAUUGAUUUAAAUUGAAACUUCCAUCAAAAAUAAUUGUUUCGAAAAUGAACAGUUGAUGGUAAAUGAUCCCGUUAUCCCGUAAUAAAUGAUUUGUAGUUGCCGGAACUCUUUAAUUACAGUUUUUGUCGGCCAUCUGCGGAUAGCAGCUGUCUUAAAGAUUUUCUAAUUAUCAUAAUCGAGUGAUACAAGAAAUGAGCUAGCCGGGAAAUACGAGCAAUUAUUUUGUCAUUAGCGAAUGUUUUAAUUGUUGUAGUGGCCAUUAGGUAAUGAGCAUGACGGAUUGAGAAAUUAUUUGAGCAAAUAAUGAAAGUACUUAGUGUCUAUUCAUGUUUGUUCUUACUAAUUGCCAUUUGAAUGAAAAAAGGAUGCGUUGAAGAAUAAUGCUGAUGACUUCCAUAUAAUUACUGCAAUCCCCUAAAGCCGGUAAUGAGACAUCCAAGGCUGUUGAUGAUAUACAGGACGCUAUAAUAAUCUCAUACAUUGUAUAUUAUUUUUAUGUGGAAUCGUAUAAAACCUGUCCUGAAGUUCAUAUUAAUGGUGCUACGUUAUUAUAUUGACCUUUCAAUAAGUAUUUGCUUCCAUUCUAAUGCGACUCAGGUAUGAAAGAGAGCGGGGAAGAAAUAUUUUUCUUUAUCUUAAAACUCAUCAGUUAAUGAAGUGAUGUUCUUUUAUUUAUAGCCAGCAUUAUUUAUGUUUAAAAGACAGAAAGCAGAGAAAGAUAAAGGAUUGAAAAAUAGAAUCCUGAUUCAACUCCCAUCUUUAGUAUUUAGAUAAAUGUGCAUGAUUUAUCGAAUCCCGCGUUUAUUCCUAUUCCGCCUCGCUUGCAAGCGGACCUCGGUCGUCGGUAGCAUUUUAAUAAGUAGCUGCUUUAAGUGCCGUCAUACUGGCUGGUCGUGACCUUGCAGCAGUGAAUGUUGGGCUAAGAGUAUGCAACCAAGCCUCGGCACGAUUUCAUCUAACAUUCAAAGCAGUUUUCUUUUGUUAAUUUUAGAAAUCACUAAAUCUACCCCCAAAUUCUGUGGCUUUGUUUUUUUUUCUUUCUGUCGUAAGCCCUUGUCAUAAUCGGAAUCAUUGAGACUUUUUUGUUUAAAUUUUAUAAUUUUCCCUUCAUUUUAUGUCAGUCUACAUGAAUCUGUAUUGUUAACAAAACCUUAAAACAUCCUGUUUUCAUCUUUGAUUUCGUUUAUCGAUAUCAAACGCGUGUCUACGAAUCAUUCGUAAAAGCUGUCAGUGUGUGUAGGUAAAUAUUUGUCUCCAUGCAUUUCGUUGUUCGACCGUCGCCGGCGUCUGGCGUAGAAAAUCGUUAUUGCACCACACACCGUCAUUACCUACGGAACACGUUCCGUUGCUUGGUCACCUUUUGUUUGUAUCCCAAUCAUUCCGACUCGUGCCACCUUUGAACUCACUCGGUAUUAUUUUCUCCGCACGUUCAGAUAUGAAAAAUAAACAGUGGCGCUUAAAUACUCCUUUAUUUGACUUUAGAUGUACCUAAUGUUAGUAGUAGGAUUACUCAGUACAAACAGACUUCAGUUAUGUCUUGAGUCAAUAUUAUGCCGUAUAAAGACAUGAACGGGUACGGUUUAGGGCAUUUCGAAAUAGUAGCGGCUGUUUGCUUUGUUCGAAGCGUCUAUCCAUGUGUGAACUAUCUGAUGAACGUGUAUGGUAGAUGUUAGUACAAAUUGCACUUGGUAGUCACGCUCUUGCCCUCGUUUCGUUGUCUUGUCGAGGUGCGCUGUAACUAAGAGCUUUUAACGUGACCCGCCGCCUGCCCUAUAUCCCGGGGCAGCGAUGACACAUCACGUGUUCCUUGAUAUUGGGCAAAUGGGAACAUAUUUGAAUGUACUGUUCCACUUCGCCGGUGAAAUGUACAGCAAAUUGUAUUCGCGAAAUCAGAUUUUUCUUUCCGAACGAAUUCGAGUGCGUGACAUGAUUGUGUUAUGUUUACUCGAUUGGAGAACAUUGAACAGUUCCAAUUGAUUCAGUUACGGAUUGAGCAGGCUCGCUCCGGAAUAUAUAAAAUAGAACGAAAUAAUACAUCAACAAAUGUUUAUAAAUCAAUUGUAGGUACCUGAGUUGCAAUUACAACGCACUUGCAAGUUGUACUGAGAAGCACAGCAAACAGAAAGUGAUAGAACCGGUUUCUGACUAUUACAACAAUACAAAUACGAACUUACAAUAUUCGAGCUGCGCCGCGUCGGCCCAAAAUAUUGGUUGCCUCAGAUAACCGUACUCUUGGGCGAGUUAACAUGUGCAGCUUGGAGUUAACUACGUAAGUACAGUUCAAUCGUGAAAGACUUAAGUAACGGGGCAACGCUGCUUUUUGCUUCGUUUUCCACAUGCGCUUAUAUGGAAGUGAUUAAGGGUAAUAUUUUUAGUUUGUAAAAGGAUGCAUUUAUUCCAUAUCGAAUGUGCGUUGAAGCUGUUAGAAAUGACUUUUUGUGCGGAUUCAUGUUCCGCUUCAGCACCAGUUUAAUAAGACCCCUUAAAUAGAAAAUAAAUUAUAAUCAUAGUUAUAUGAAGGACGAGAAACGAAGACUAAUCCAAUCCAAUGAAUCCAUAAACUCGUUCCUAGAUGCUCUGGUUUAUUGACAGUGUACAUAUAGCCUGUCCAAGUUCUCGCGUCCAGUAGACUUAUGGUCAUGACCACCGUUCCCAGUUUAAACGGUACUUCUAUCAGUUAUUAAUAUAUCAAGCUGCCAAUGGUGCCAACCUCUCAUAAACUCACUUCAAUCAUGUCCCAGGCGUUUCCUGAUAAAUCCUCCUCACUUGGCAGUUAUUGUGGUCAUUAAAUCUGCCAACCAUAUUUUAUUCUGAUCUGAUAUCUAGAAUUUAUAGUAAUAGAGUUCGUGAAGAGUCUAUACAUUGACAUUUAAUUAAAUUAAUAUCUCUUCAUGUUUGUUUAGUUCAGAGUUCCGCGGAACGAAGUUAAUGAAUAGAUAUUACGUUCACUUGUGAGCAUUCGCGAAAGUCAAACAAAAUUUUAAUGAAUCGAGCAGUCUUAGAAAUUGAGCCAAGAAUAAUGUAGUGUAAUGACUAUGUGGUAAUCAUUAACUAAAUAACCGUUAUUGACUAUUUUACUUAACAUCAUAUUUCCAUUUAAAGUAGAAAUCAAAUAUAAUUCUAUGUUAUUUAAAGUAAUAGCCACUUUCUACUCUUAUGAUUUUGAAAUAUCUCUCCGCGAGUAUUUUUGCGCGUAAACAAAUUGGAGUACCGAAUAGUUAGGUGCGACAUAUUGGCAUUUGGCAUUUGUAGGGACCAGGGACCCAUUUCACUGGGAAUACUGACUGAUAGCCCGAUUUCUGACUUUGAUGUAACUCACGUUGACGUACAAUGAAUUAGGUCAUUAGCUUUGAUCAAUGACGCGAUUGAUAUUCUGUAACGAUUUAUGUCGAGUUGACGAUGAAUAUUUAAAUAUUAAAUAAUGUUUGCUGAUGUUAAAUAUAAAUGAAGCUUCAUUUUAAACUGUUCUACAUAAAACAUUGUUGGAUCAAGCGCUACUAAGUAGGAAAGCAGCCUGCUAUGAUCACAAAUGGUACUGUAUCGUAGCUAUGCAUCUAUAAACCCACACGUCGAUGUCCGGUCGAUAAACCUGUAUCUAUCUCUAGUAAUCUCGCUGGCCGGCCAAGGAAGUGAGUGCAUCCGCGAGUCCGAGUCACAUCAAUGUUUCCAAAGAGGUUUUAUACUCCUUUCACUCAAAACGCGUCAAAGCCAGUCCCUUCAAAGUAUAUUGCGGUGAUAAUCGAUGUAACCGUAUUACCAAUUACACGGGUUAAAGCAGAUUUUGAUGUUAGGAAAUAAUAUGUUCGUUCUCAUGUUUGUGUGUUUUAGUAAAUAGCGUGUCUUUUGUUUUGAUUGAGGAAUGUAGGUAAUAUUAUUAUGUUGUUACGUAACAUUUAAUUGCUGCCACUUUCAUGGAAAGUACUUAUUCUUUAAUUCAAUUAUUACUACUACAAGUACAGUAUACGGAUGUCAUUUGAUAUCGUUUCUAUAUUUGACACAGUUUGCUUUCCGGAGCUCGUUGACUUGCUCGGAGUAAUUAAAUCCGGCUUGUGUUCCGCAUUCUGGCUUUCCUGCAAGUCUUCACUUUAUUCUUAGCUUGCGAAUAUAGCAGACAUCACAUUCGGAGACUCAAUUUACCAUCGGCUAUAGUUGUAAUUGAUAGUAGCACUGUGUGUGUUGCCAGCUAUAAAAACGUAAUUAUAAUUCAGUGCUACUUUAUCUUUAUCGCACUUUGUCGCGUGCGUAUACGACAUGACUUGCCUACCUAGUAUAGAUAAUAAGAAUGCUAAUUACAUGUAUAUUUUUUAAUAUUAAGCUGGCGACAAAAAAUCUAAAUUUGUAAUAAUUAAUUUAGCUAAUAUUUGGCCACGACAUAACCAGUGUAUUGAGUUCAGAGCAAUCCUAAUUUAAAUUUAAAAUGAAUAGUGGGCGAUUGUACUAAAUACAACCACGCUUGUAUAAAGUCAUCACAAUUAGCAAUAAUUGUUGCAAUUUAGUUGAUAACCAGUUUUUUAUACUAAAUAUUGUAUUGUUUUUGUUUAAAAUAUUAUAUUAGCGUGUGUGCUGCAAAACCAUAGGCUAUAUUCUAUUGCAAAUAGACUAGGUUCCGUAUGGUUAACAUGAGAUAAACUCUAAGAAUAUAAUAUUUUGAUUGCGUUAGAUUAACGGUGUCGUGGUUUUAUGGUAUUCGUUGCAUUCGCCGCGCGGUUAACUUGCGAAAAGCCAGGAUACUUUCGCAACUGAGAGCCUGCCACCAGAUCUUUCGCUAACUCUCUUCUAUAUGUGGGAGAGAGAUGGCGCUCUACAUCGUGUUGUGCUCUGUCUCUUUUCCCCAACUGCAACAGUCUACAGUCUUCAUGGUGGUGCUAGCCGCUGUUUUAGUUACACGAGUCUGGCGCCAGAACACUAAUCAUUGUCAGAUAUAUUAACGUUCUUGUAAAGAUUUCUUUAGCUUUAUUUUCAGUUGAUUGCGUUAGUCUUUGCUUACAUUAGAAGUUCGUAUGCAUACUGUGUUAUGUGUGCCUUUGGUUUCGGUCACGUGAAAGAUUCACGUUUUUUCCUAUAAUAUAGUGAUGAUAAAGAAUUUGCUGAUUCAUAAAUUUCUUUUUUUGCAAAUAAUAUUUCGAUUUCCCGUACCUCUAAAACAGAGUAUAGAUCGCCUUCAAAUGAAAUCCCGAUACAAUAAUACCGUAACAUUUAGUUUUACUAUCAGUAUCUAUUCUCGCCUAGUUCCACGCACAGUAAUGGCUCUAUAACUGGCAGCCUAUCCUUAGCCUGGCAUCGGCAUCGAAUUCCCCUACAAUAGCAACAUGACCUUUAAAGCCCUAUUCUAAUGCUCAACAAAUUACUCUUAACGGUUACUUGAAACACUUUCCCAUAACGUUAAGGCUAAAAAGGAUGGAAUAUGUUUCCAUUUAUUAUUCCAUCGCACAAGUGACGAGUAAAUUGCUUAGCUAAGUUGCGUGUUGUAUAAUUCGCGGGGACCGCGUGAGAAAAAUGCCCUCGCCGCCAUAUUGUGUUUUAUUUUUAUAUCCAUAAUUCACACUCGGAGAUCACCGCGUGUUAUCAAGAUUUAGUCUUAUUUUCAUUUGUUAUGAUUCUCGUGUUGUAACACAGUUGCAAUGUUUGACGAAAUCAUUUCAAAUUUACCUUGUUUUGAAAACACUGUAAUUUUGGAGUAAAUAAGUGUAAUUUUGUUUAACCUCUGAAAUUAUGAUUUUAGGUACCUGUUAGGUGCCGAAACUUACACUUCUUGCAUUAAAAUUGCGGGUUUAGGAACGAAACUUACGUACACAAAUCAAAUGAAAGCUGUAAUAAAGCGAGAUAAAUAUGUUUCCGUUUAUCAUAAUUAGCGCGUUCGUGCUUUACGUAAGCAGAUAUACAACUUUCCUGCGAGUUGAAAGACCGAGGGACACUCAUAGCUAAAGCUACAGAGUUGCAACGCCCUGCGCCCGCGCUGCCUUGAAUCAUGAUUGUCGGCGUUAGUCACGCCACCGCUCGGCUCUCACUGAAGGCUCAUAUUUCCAUUCCUCAUCGCUUGUUUUUGUUUUUUAUACUUUUAUGCAGACGUCGCAUUUUGCAAAUAGUUUUGCAAGAUAAUAUUAGAGGAGAUGCUUAUUUGAGUGACGUUUUUUAAACAAGUAGGUCAUUUUGAAAAAUAAUAUUUGUACUUGUAUAGUACGAACAUGUGUUCUAUAGCUUUACUUUGUCUAUUUAUAAUCCAUUUUACGACUCCAUUAAUAGUUAUCUUAACAUUUAUUUCUACUGCUACACAAGACUUCGAAUUGUAAUAUUCGUUUAUUGAAUUAAGUUAUUCUAAUGUGUCCCUCGCUGUCCCUAAAUGUUGGAAUACUUGGAAUUAUUAAAUCUGGGAAGGGAGUGCGAUGUUUGUUUAGGUCCGUAUCUCUGCAAUGCUUUGGGAACUCCUUUAGAAAUGUUUCAGGUAUUUAAGGAAUUUUGUACAAACCGUAAGCUCGUCUUUGAUGUUCACAAAGCUUCAACCAAAGUGUAGAAAUGUUAUAACUUGAUUCUAUAAUACUUACUGUAAAAAUAAUAUACAAGAACUUGUUAGGAUUCGUAAAUCUUCGUCUCAAUGAAGCAUCGUUUAUUGUAAGACAAACGUGCGUCUAUAGCUAGCUACUCCCGUUUUUUAUUUCUUACAUCGGCGUUGAUAAUCGUAUGGAUAGUAAACUCGUUUUGUUCAGUGAGCUACUACAUUCUGGUGCUCGUGCAUUCGUUCCGCAAGCUUCGCUUUCGUCGUGCGAUCACAAGCUCCGAUCUCGUUCGCUCCUCGCCGUAUUCACGACAUCCGGUAUUUUAUUUUGCGUUUCUUUGAACACGGUACAACGAACUUAAAGCAGGCUGUAUGGGGAACACAUUAUGAACAUGUAUUUCGGACUAUGUUCGAAUGUUUUAAAUUAUGUCCUUUCACACGCGGUUGAGUGUCGUAAAGUUUAUGUUUAUUGUUUAAUUCAUUUGCGGACUCGGCUGUCGCGUUGCGAAUUCUUCCGGGUGUAUUAAAGUGUGCUUAGCACAAGCUAAGCGCGUCGUGACUCUGAUUGCACAAAUUACCUGUGCGGGAGGUACAACUCUACUUUUACUACAAACUUCACGUUAUUAUAAAUCAUUAUCAUUAGGCUUAAUGUAAAGUCGCGUAACAUUUGUAAGUGACAUCACUCGAUGCAGUCCACCUUCACGGAAAUGAGUUUGACCUGGAAAAGCUAAUGAAAACCGACCACUUUAAAGUUAUUUACGAGGGAACCAAGUUUGCAUAAAUCAUAGUCAUUUCGCCCUUCGAGUUGCGCGUGUUGAAACAAAAUGUUGGGAACACACACGCACGUUAAUUUAAUUAAAGUGAUUCGUAUGCUUCGCUAAUUGCGAGCCUGUACGGCUAGGACGGCUCUAAAUAUAUUCGCACGACACCACCACUCCUCAGCUCGAACACAUGGUGCCCUAAUAAUAUUCCUAUUUUCGCUCACGCAACUUUCAUCUAUAAUGUUAUGUCACGUAAUAAGGAAUUGCGGCUCCCUUAUAAAACAUUGCUAUCAUCAUGUUCAUUCGUUUUUAUUUCUUACGUAACACAACAUCAUAGUUGUUUUUACUUAUCAAUAAUUAGUAUUCAGUUCCAAUGUAUUAUUAAUUUUAAAUUAACCACACUACCUGUAUUUAUUCAUAUUAGUGCGACAUUUGCUUGGCCUCUUUCCAUUGAUUCGAUAGAACAUUUUCAUUGGUUAGUGUUAGUGCAUAAUCUUAUCGCUGUUUGAUAAAACAAAACAGUUUUACUUCGAUCAAUACUUGCACCUCACCCACAUAUGAUUCAUUUCUCUUACCUUAUCAAGUUAUCACGGCCGUCGUAAAUUAUUUCGGUUGUUUGCCAGUUUAAAAAUACACGAGACAGUUUUAGUCAACAGUUAUGAUUAAAAUGUUCGGCCACGCAAUACUCCAACAUUCAAUUCGUUAUUUUGUAGAACGAGUCAUUUGAUGUGAUCUAAAACAGUGAGUAAUCAAAAGUGCACUCAAGGUUUCAAUUAUCACUUGCAAAGUGUGAAAUGUGAACUGAAAAAGAACAACCAGGAGAGGAACAGUGAAACGAAUGGCGGCGGCGAUGCGGCGAGUCAAGUUUGUGGAGGGCACUAGGCGUUAACGCAGCGUGCAUCCGCCGCCGCAGCCGACUAGCCGCUAUGUCGAGUGCGCUGUCUCCGAGCGCCUCGGACGCCGGCGACGAACAGGCGCGACGUCGCUCCGUCUUUUACGUGCCAUUGUUUGAGAGCUUCGACAACUAUUUGCCCUUGACGCCAGAAGAAAAGGAAGCUUUAAUAACUGGGCAAAGCAUAGAAGGAGUCUCCGCAAAAACUAAAAGGAGGAAUGCGUCAGUGAGCGGCAGAUUGCGAAUCCCAUCCCGAGGUGAUUCAUCCUUUACCGAAAGUGAAAGUGACAUGAGCGCGUUUAGUCCAACCAGACGAUUUCGUCGACCUUUGUCUUCUACGGCUAGCUCUAAUGAGGCUCUGACAAGAUUAGGUCACCGUGACUUGACGAGUCCAAGACUUGUCGCACAAAGUACACUAAUGAAAAAUACAAAGCCAAGAUUACGAAGCACAACUUCGUGUGAGCCUCGAUAUGACCGAAUAUUCUCGCCAAUAGGUGGUUCACUUUCUGCUCACAAAUUAAAUAGCUCGACGAACAAUAUAGGUAGCAAAAUACCCUCUAAAACAUCUAUUAUGAAUUCAAACUUGUCACUAAUACCUGAUUCACCUAAGCUUUUGUCUCCCGCGAAGGAGAAAUCAAAAACACUUCCGCAAAAUCUAAAUGUACCUUCGCCAAUAAGAGGCAGCAGUAGUUCUUCAUCUAUUUUUAGAACACCUAGAAUAACUGUGACACCUGAUAGUCCCAAUAAAAGUCCUGGCAAAAUGUCGGGAUUGAAUUUCAUACGUCGAUCUCGAAGUACAAAGUUGUCACGGAGCAAUUCUUUAUUGCGAAGCAUUACUGCGAGACACAUCGAGGAAGGUUUAGACGACCACGUUGCUGUAGUAACAGACUUGACUGAAAAUUACGAUAAGUUUGUGGAUAAUAACGGAGGCGAAUCUGAAGUUAUAUGUGCACUCAUCAAGAAAAACGAGGCUGAAAUGGCAAACAGUCCCUUGAGCAUUCGCCGUGCCUAUCUCGAUGUGGAUGAUGACGUUGCCGUACACUCUGACACGUCAUACGAGAAGGCAUGUCGUCGCGGUUCUGCGCCGAGCACGCCGGUCCCGGGUGCGCAGGCGCAGCACAGUCCGUCCCGGCUGGCCGCCCUGUUCUUCUCCAAGCGGUCGUUCCGGAGCGGAUUAAAACGGACCAAGUCAGUCAACAAGUUCGAGAUGAACAGAGUCGCGCAGCCUGUCGCCACACACCCGCCUACACAUGCAUUACGGACAUCAAGAUCUCACGAAAGCCUCCUCUCAGCGCAGUCACCCGCCGUGUCUACAAUGGACUUGGGACCACCUAAUCAAGUUGAAAUCCGGCCACUGCAUUCAUCAGUGCUGUGCAGGCCGCACUGCUUCGCCCUCAGCGCAGAGAACCGCGCGCCCCGCUACUUUGCUUGCGCCUCGCGGAAGGAGCGGGACCGUUGGAUCUACAGCUUGCGGCAAGCCGCGCGGCCGGACGAGUUGCGCACGCGCCGGUGCGAGCGGACCGUGAAGCUGUGGCUGUUGGAGGCCAAGGCGAUACCGCCCAAGAAACGAUACUACUGCGAGAUAUUACUCGACGAUACUCUAUAUGCCAGAUCAUCCUCAAAGCUGAAAACUGAGUUAUGCUUCUGGGGCGAGGUGUACGAGUUCGGCAACUUGCCGGCUGUCGGCGCCAUCCAUGUGAACGUGUACCGGGAGCCAGAGAGGCGGUCGCGGAAGAGAGACAAACAUGCUCUUGUUGGUACAGUACGUAUCCCGGUGGACGACGUAUCCUCCCGGUACCUCAACGAGCGCUGGUACCCCCUCACCGAGACAGACAAGCCGCAGUCCCCGGCCGCGCCCGCGCCCUCGCUGCGCAUCAAGUGCCGCUUCCAGAGCGUCGAUGUACUUCCCAUAGACUGCUACGCUAGGUUCCUGGAUUACCUGAAGAGGAAUUAUAGAAGGCUCUGUGAAUAUCUUGAACCUGUUAUUGGUGUGAAGGCUAAGGAGGACAUAGGCUGCGCGCUGGUCCUGUGCAUGGCGGGCGCGGGGCUGGCGCCGCGCUACCUGGCCGACGUGGUCGCGCUGGACGUGCGCCGCACCGGCGACCACUCGCUCACCUUCCGCGGGAACUCGCUCGCCACCAAGAGCAUGGAGGCCUACCUCAAGCUGGUCGGCGAUCAGUACCUGCAGGACACGCUGUGCGAGGCGGUGCUGGCGGCGGCGGGCGCGGGCGCGGCGGAGUGCGAGGUGGACCCGCUGCGCGCGGGCGGCGCGGCGGCGCUGCGGCGCCAGCAGGCCGCGCUGCGCGACGCCGUCACGCUCGCCUGGACCUCCAUCGCCGCCUCCGCGCCGCGCUUCCCGCCACCGCUCAGGGACUGCUUCGCCACCUUCCGAGAGAGACUGACGGCUAUGGGUCGGGAAGACAUAUCGGACAACUUGAUCAGCGCCUCCAUCUUCCUUCGCUUCCUCUGUCCAGCUAUCCUGUCACCCAGUCUCUUUGGAAUUACUCAUGAAUACCCGAACGAGCGAGCAGCUCGUAACCUGACGCUGGUAGCCAAGACUCUGCAGACCCUGGCUAACUUCACGCGCUUCCAGGGCAAGGAGGCUUUUAUGGAGUUCCUUAACGACUUCCUAGAGAAAGAAGCACCAAACAUGAAGAAGUUCCUCAGAGAUAUUUCGACGCGCCCGGUAGAACAACAACAGCAGGCACAACAGCAAGCACAAGCCCAACAUCAGCAGGACGGCAGCAAGAGGAACUCGGCCUCUUCACAAGGGUCCAACAACUCCGAGCGCAUGCGGGAGGGAGUGGACCCCGACCCCGAGUGGGCCCCACACGUGGACCUCGGGAAACAACUCGCGACGCUACAUGCCUUGCUGGUGGACAGCCUGCCCAAGCUGCCCGAUAAUAAGAUACAGGAGUUAGAUCCGUUAUCUGAUAUACUGGAUGAACUGAGCAAGAGGCUUGUCAGCAACGACAACAGUUCGCCAGUACCGCCUUCCUCUGAAAACAUCUUCAGGUUCAAUGACCCCACGUGCAAUACCCCAACGAAGCAACCAGCUGAGCCCGCUACCAACGGUCAGAUGAACAACAACUUUGCCCACAGUUCACCUAUCAUGAACAAAAACGGCGUCCAAUUCAACAUCAGCCCAUCAAAAUCAAACGCCGCUGAGUCUAAGUACAAGCCGGGGUAUGCAGCCGUCACAAAGUCCCCCAGUUGCAACCUCCGGUCCGCUACCCUACCGAGAAAUGGUUACGGGUCGAGCCCCGUCAGCCAAGCUGUCAACCCAGACAGGUACAGCUCGCAGUACAACAACCAAGAACAUUGUGUGAAUCUCAAAGUCGUACAGAUUGGAUUCGGCUCUGACCAGUACCCCAAAGGCAUUAGCAAUGGCAUCAGUGAAAGUUUAGAACGCAGGUUUCAGGAAAGGUACAAGCCUAAUAACUAUAAUGCUCAACAAACUCACUUCCACAACUCCAACUAUAACAGUACAGAGAGAUCGCCGAGCAACGACAGCAUUAACCACAAUUACUGCUCUACUGACAUGCAAAACAUAAUGAAGGAGACCGCCACACUGGAGGAACUCUCGGAUUUAUUGAAAUAUGCUGAUGACUCCGAAAUAGUAGAGGACAAACUUAUCAUGAACAAAAAGAGCUUGUCACAAUCUAUUUCCAACAACAACAAUAUUGUAAAUGGAAAUAAAACUAAUUACAUCAACAACGGCUCAAAUGUUUCCAUCAGUGGAUUAUCGAAUGUCGCAAGUUCAGGAUACCAAAGCAUUGCUACGCACAGCCAAAGUUCCAGCCCCAUCGAAAACUCAACGCACCAUCAUCAAGCAUACGAGAACGGAGGCCAGCCCAUGAGCCGAUACUCGCAGAUAAAUUAUCAGAAGCAGAGAGACAAGCAGUAUUACGACAGCAAGAAUGAAAAGUUUUAUCCAAAGAGCCCAGUGCAACAGAAAAUAGAGUAUGACAUUCAAAAGUACGGAAUUCAAAACUUCACAACUGCGGAUAAUACUCCGUCUAACGCGAAUGCAAAUCCAAAGGUAGCCCCGCUAGUGUUCACAAAUCCAGUUUACAACAUGGACGAUAACCGUCAGUCGCAGGAAAAGAAAAAUAAUGAAAACAGAAAUUCAAAGCGUUGUCCUUGUGGCUCAUCCAGUUCAUCGAUAGAUGAGGAGGGUUUGAGCACAGACAACGUAGAGACCAACUCUGAAGAAGGUUCUACUAACUUCAACGACGAUAGUAGAAACUAUGACCAACAGAACCGCAACAAUACCCACCGAAACCUCACCAGAGAUAACUGUAAUUAUGAUGAUAUGUAUCAGAGGAGCAACCACAGUCACUCCCCAAGGAUACGGGACGACGAAUCGUCCAGCAAUUCGCCGAGUCUACGCAAGAGUAGCAAAACGCGAAUGCCCAGAACAAACCCCAUGCUCUCUUACUCCACCAACCAAAACCAAAUCAACUUCAAACACUUCGGACAAAGAGGAGAAACACUUUAUGAAAGUAAACCUCAUCACAUUUCAACUGAUUCUGGCUACCCCAUGAGCAGGUCUGACUCAAACGUAGAGGAAGUCAACAAAGAAAUGUACAGGCUACAGAUUUCCCGUAGCCAGAAAGCGCUCUACAACAUGGAGAACUCCAAGAACUCUCCCGAGAAGUACUCUAUGACUGAAAGUGCGAUUCCGGAGACAAAUUAUCCGUUGGAUAGGACGUACUCUGGUGCGAAGAUGUCAAGUAGCAGACUGAACGAAGAUUUGGAGAGGCAUCAGCAAUAUUAUGGAGUUCGGGAGAGGAGAGAAUCGCCUUCGCGGAAUAUGUUUAACCGGGAGUCGCAGUCGAGUGAGGCGAGUGAGAGGGUCACAGUGCGGGAGCGAGAUGGCGCGACUCGGGACAAGCUGCCGCGGAGGCUGAGUCUGGAGUCCGCCAGGGAACUCACUGACAGCUCGGACGAGAGGGAGGACACCGUCUACAGUACAACAGGCCGCAAGCGAGUGUCCAAACAUCAGAGAAUCAUUGAACAGUACGAACGAGAAAUCGAAAGGUUAAAAUGUUCCGUGGAACUCUUACGAGGGAGGUUGGGUCCAGCCGAACCAGGUCAAGACCACACUGACGCUAAAAUGAAGGCCAUUAUUUCCAGGUUGAUUUGCGUGGAAGAAGAACUGAGACGUGAACAACGCAAGAUGGCCGCGGCUUUAUCCCACAAGCAGCGUGUCAUUGAGGCUCAGGAACACCGCAUCGCGGCUCUCGACGAAGCCAACACACGACUGCUAUCCGCCCUCGUCAACCUCCAACAACGAGCCACGCACUCACACCAAGAACUCCAGAUAUAAACCUUCGAUAUUCUAACAUUUCUAGGUACCAGUCUCAAUAGAAAUUCUGUAAUUUCUUCAUAUUACUCUGCUAUAUGACCUCGGAUCUCUAUUUUUCAUUGGAUGACUAAUGGCAUAUAAUAAGCAUUUGAAUUUACGUAUGAAGAUAUACUUUUGAUAGUGUUCGUAUGGUUCAAUGUUCACCGAUUGUUUCGUUCAGUUUAAUUGUAUAAUUGUGGAUCUAACUAUCUUUAAUACAUUGCUAUUAUAUUAUACAACGCACAAGUCGUACAACUGUUAUUUGCGUGUUUCAAGUUAUUUCGAUACUUUUGCUAUUUUGAAUUUUAUAAAGUUUCAUGCACAAAUAACAAAUUUCGCACGCACUCUAUUUAUACAAUUGAUUUAAUUUAACUCUUCAAUGAUGUAUGUCUUCAUUACUUACAAUAUAUCGGACUCAUUACUAAGAUAAAUAUUUGUUAUUUACGUAUUAUUAAUAUUGUUUGAGAACUUAGUGUAUCGCAAUAAUUGUUUUGCCAUUUAUCAUUUUUGUUACAUUGUUUCGUUAGUUUUAUUGAAAUAUGCUUUAAAUGACAUUAAUAAUUCUCUUUUAAUAUCAGUAUUUUCAUGAAUUCGAUUGUACGUUCGCUCCACGUGUAGACAUGUUUUUUCUGUAACAAUGAUACCAAAGAAGAUUGAAUAUCCCUUAGACUUAGCUGCAGUGGUCUCAUCGAACCCGCUGCGACGUAGGUCUUAGUGUUGUAUUUUAAAAUUAAAAUUAAUAGAUUUUAUAAUAAUAAUAUAAGACUUGUAUCAUAAUAUUCUUAAGAUAUGCGAUAAGUGAAAUGUGGUAUUAAAUCAAAAUUUAUUUUUAAUACCUUUGGAGUAUUAUACUGUGGGAUAUAUUAGAUGUAAACGCCCUAACACUUCAAAUUGUAUCUGAUAUAAAAAUUAAAUUGUAGACCACAACUUACUUAUACCACUGUGCAACAUAGUAACAGCGAAAUGUAAUAUAAGCCAUAGCGUCAAGCUCGUAUACCUACAAGUGUAGGUAUAUAAAUUAUCACAUUAAAUUAUGAAUUACGUA